AACACGGAGAGCCGUGUUUAGCUUAUACGCACAACGUAGCGUGACAAAGGCAUAACAGUAAGCAGCUGAGUAGCAACGAGCAGCAAUGCGGCUGAGUAGCACCAUUACAAGCUAAGCAGCGGUGCUCACUAUGCGUGGGCACUGAAGCACUGGAGAGCAUGCGCUGGACGCGCAAGCUCGGACCGCUGCGAGUCGUGGUCGAACGGACCACCUGCGUCGUCCGCGCAUCGACGACAAAGGACGUGCUCGUCAACGCGGCCAACGAAUCCCUGGCCGGCGCGCAGCUGCCGUACUUCCCGCGCGGCGGCCCGUGCCCUCCACCGCUCCCGGAAGGGCUCGGUAAUAAUGCGAACUCGUGGGGCGCCCUCGAGACAGGCCCGGGCUUCGUUUUUCGAGAACACGCCGUCGACGGCGUCGUGUCAAGCUUGGGCGGAAAAGCGCUGCGGGACCUCUGCGCCCGUGCGCGGCCCGACGGUUUCGCCGCGGGCUCGGCCGUCGCCACCGCCGCCCCGGGCCUCCCGUUCGAGACUCUCGUGCACGCGGUGGCGCCGUUCUGGGAGUCCCCGUCGUGGCGCGCGGACCUGCUCCGCGCCUACGCGGCGGCUUUUGCGCUCUCGGCUGGCCGGGAUGUUGCGACGCCGCUGCUCGGCGCCGGCGCGCGGGGAGCGCCCGUCGCCGACGCGGCCGCCGCCGCCGCGGACGCGGUCGCCGCCGCGGCGUCGGCACCGCGCCCGCCACGGAGCGUGUCCUUCGGCGUCGUCGACGACGUGGCCUUCGACGCGCUCGUAACUGUGGUUUGUACUAUUAUAGAACACGAACGGUUUUUACACCGGAAGGGGAAGGGAUGUCGGCCCGCGCUUUUCGCGGCGCUCCUUGACUAA